AUGGCUCAUUUUACACGUUUUGUUUCAUUUGAAGAUAAGUUCAAUACGAACUUAUUCACAUUUAUUCUUCCAAGUACAUAUCUACUAGGAACAGAGGAAAAAUUAACUACACGAGAAUUUUUAUGUCGUAAUAUACCAUUUGUAUUAACAUUUGUUAAAAAUGGUGAUCAAUUAAAUGCUUUUUUAUUACAUCGUAGUCGUGAUAUAGAAACACUUGAAAUGACGCUUGACUUAAGUGUUACAUUAUUAUGUCGUGAACACUUUACACGUAAUGAAUCAUUUACAGAAAAAAAUUGUAAAUUUACAAAUAAAGUUACUUUACAUGGACGAAAAUCUUUUACAUCAAUAAAUCGUUUAUGUUCAGUUGAUUUUAUGGAUGAACGUGGAAAUAUACAAUGUGAACUUGAAAUAAAAAAUCUUAUUGUUUCAUAUAUAACUGAAAUACAACUUCCACCACAAUUAAUUAAUACACAAUAUACACAUGUUGUACAAUCAACAACGAAUCGACAACCAUUAGAUGCUAAAAUUGAAACACCAUUAUUUUAUUAUUCAAAUUAUGAAUGGUGUGUUGUUAUACAACCAAAACUUGAUAGUGUUGGACAAGUUGGACAUUUUCGAAUGUUUAUACAACGUUUAACACCAUGUGAUCAUUCAGUUAAAUUAACAUAUCGUAUUAAAUUAACAGCUGGAUCAUAUACAUGGGAUCCAAAUCAAGAAAAAAGGCAAACAAAUUUAAAUGAUAGUAAUACAUAUGAAAUAAAUUAUACCGAUAUACAUGGUUUAUGUCGACCAUAUAAAAUCGAUCGUGUACGUGAAUUACUUCAAGCUAAUGGAAAAUUUACACUUACUGUUGAACUUAAAGAUGCUAUAACUGUCUUCCCAAUUAUGGUUGAUCCAUUUGCAUCAAAUCCUAUUCCAAUACCUUUUCUUGAUAAAGAUCAACAAGCAUGGACUGUUGAAGCAUAUAUUGAAGAACAAUGUUUUAUAAUACGUUUAUAUUAUUCAGAUAUAUUUAAAAUUCCAGCAAAUUAUGUACGUUCAAUAUGUUUUAAUAUAACUGUACGUAAUUAUCGUGAUACAAAAACAACAACAAGUGUUUUUCAAAAACCAGUUACAAAAUAUUAUUCACAAAAAGAUAGUGAUGAAGGUUUAGAAAUAAGUACAACAUUAGAUGUAACAGAAUUAACUGAACGUGGUUAUUUAAAUGAUCAACAAAGUGUUACAAUAGAAAUUGAAAUGUUUUUUUCACAUUUAAUGUUUUCACCUGAAUAUUCACCAUUAGAUGAUAUUGUACGAAAACAAAAAAUACAAAUAAUGCGUGAAUUAUUAACAGCACAAAAUGAAAAUUUUCAAUUAGAAAAAAAAAUUCAUGAACUUCAAUUAACAAUACAAAAUCCAUCAAUGUUAAAUCGUUUAUCUGAAACUAUUAAUGGACCAUCAUCAACAGGAUUAUCAAGUGGUUCAAGUGCACCAGCAACACCUAAUGUUGUUCGAAAAUAUUAUGAAAUGAAAUAUGGUGAUAAAGGUUCAACAUCAAAUUUACUUGCAACAGGAACAAAUAGUCCAUCAUUACCUAUCUAUAGUAAUACAUCAAAUUUUGAUAAUGUACCAUCUAAUACAAGUCCAUUAUCUAUGCGUAAUGGUACUUUAUCAGGUAAAACUCAAUCAUCAUCUGUACCACAACCUAAUGUUACACUUGGUGCACGUAAUUCAACAACAUUUAAUCUUCGAAAUAAAUUACCUAAUUCUAUACAAAAUACAAUAGCUAAUACCAGUCAAUCAUUACAAUCAAAAUUACCAGCUAGUUUACAAAAAUUACCAGCAAGUUUAACUCAAGGACCAACAAUAAAUAUGCUUGCAAGCAAAUUACAAAAUGCAUUUUCUUAA